AAAAAUGUCUGCUGCCUAACACAAACACGUCAGUUAUAAAAUGGACAACCAAGAAACUGCACAGGUUCUUCAGUCAUCGUUCCUCGGCCGGUGAAAGAGUCUAUGGAUGUAGUUCGAUAUCUGCCUUCAUUGCUCCUGCUCAUGGGGAUUUGCUGCGUCUCUUCGAACAACGACUAUUCCGGCUCUUCUGAGGAAUGGGAAACAAGACAAGCCCCUUCAAUGUGCCAAAAGCCACCCAGGAGUGUCCGAACGUCAACAGCUCGUCUGAAGUGGUUCUACAACGUGACUGCCGCACAAUGCGAGAAAUUCUACACGGAUAUGCAAGACGCUGGAAGAAACAGUUUUGAAACUAUAGAAGCCUGUAACAAAGAGUGCAGAGAUGAACACUACGGAAUGUGCGGUGGUCCGAAGAACGAUAGCCUCUGCAAGGAGCGGCCAGAGCUGCGCUUUUGGUUUGACCCGGACAGCAGGAAGUGCCAGUAUUACAUGUACGGCGGUUGCGAUGAGAACAGCAACACAUUUCGCACGAAGUUGGACUGCCUUACUGAAUGUGCAGAGUUCAUUAACGACGCCUGCUCCCUUCCGAUAGACGAAGGCGAUUGCUUCUUAGAAGUGGUUCGCUUCGGCUUCAACACAGCAUUUCAAUCUUGUGAACAGUUCGUCUACACUGGUUGCGGAGGCAACCGAAACAACUUCAAGGAUGCAAAAAGCUGCUGGAUGACGUGCGCAAGAAACUCGAGGUGCCUAAAGUAUACGCAAAAAAAUACCCAGUGGUUCAGGCCCUUCACAAGCUACUUCUACGACGCCGACACCAAUGAAUGCACACUGACGAGAACUUUUUUCCGGAAGAAGAAGGGCCCGAAAUACAACAGAUUUCCAAACAAAGCCGAAUGCGAACGAGUGUGCAAGCGAAAACACACGCCUAUAAAACGAUAUCGGUAUAUGAAGUGAAAACAAGAAUGGAUAUGUCCUUCACGAAAGCUGUACAGUCGCAACACUGCCACCUUGUAGACGUUUUGUGGAUCUAUAUCUCCUGCUGGUACUUCUAUGUGACCGAA